AGAACAGAAACCCUAAAAAUCGGCGGGUCGAGCAAUCGAGUCGAACCUAUCCCACUCGCGACUCACGAUUCCGAACGAUCCCGGCUCGUUCUUCCUCCUUCCCCCAAAUUUUUAAUUUUUCCCACCAAUCGGACCGUCAAAACCCUAAUUUUCCAUCGAUUUCCCCUCCUUCUUACGUAUCAAUCAUCGCCAAAUCCGGAUUUCUCUCACCCAAAUCCAAAAACUUUCAGAUUCGUCGAAAUUUCUGACCCAGGUUCCUAUUUCCUGUUGCUUGACUGUGACUGCGGUAAACACCAACGUCCUCUUUUACUAGUGUCAAUGGACCAUGCAACAUCGCAUGAUCAAAGAUAUUGACUUCUGUUAGUGCUGAGGAUACAGUGUGUGAAUCAGAUAACGGUAGUUUCUUGAAUAAAUUCUUAAAUGGAUUGAAUUGGUAGCUACAAUGCGCUCAUCUGGACUUGUUGACCCUGGAUGGGACCAUGGCGUUGCUCAAGAUGAGAGGAAGAAAAAGGUUAAAUGCAAUUACUGUGGAAAAAUAGUUAGUGGUGGAAUAUACAGAUUGAAGCAACAUUUAGCCCGAGUUUCUGGAGAAGUUACUUAUGAUAAAGCUCCAGACGAUGUAUACUUUCGUAUGAAAGAAAAUAUGAAAGGAAGUCGUUCUCAUAAGAAACCUAGGCUUUCCGAAGAUAUUGGCCAAGCAUAUCUGAAUUUCCAAUCCAACGAUGACGAAGAAGAUGUGCAUGUUGGUUAUAGAAGCAAAGGAAAGCAGUUGGUGGGUGAGAGGAAUUUAGCUAUGAAAUUGACUCCUCUUCGGUCGUUAGGGUAUGUUGAUCCUGGGUGGGAACAUGGCGUUGCUCAGGAUGAGAAAAAGAAAAAGGUGAAAUGCAAUUAUUGCGAGAAAAUAGUUAGUGGUGGUAUCAAUCGGUUUAAACAACAUUUAGCUAGAAUUCCUGGAGAAGUAGCACCUUGUAAACAUGCUCCUGAUGAUGUCUAUGUUAAAAUAAAGGAGAAUAUGAAAUGGCAUCGUACUGGAAGGAGACAGAGACAACCCGAUUCCAAGGACAUAUCAAAUUUUGAUCCUCUGUCAGAUAAUGAAGGCCAAGACGAUGACCAAAUGGAAGCUGUUCUGCCACAUAUGAGCCAGGAAAGCUUCAUCGAUGGUGAUAGGAGAUUGGGCCAAAAUUUGAGACAUACAUUCUUGUCGCUGCCUCCCAGCACUGGUUCUGAACCAUUAUUUAAAAGAUCAAGGCUCGAUUCUCUGUUCUUGACAUCUCCUAAGAGUUUUCCACCACAAUCUUACAAGCAAGCAAGGGUCAGAACAAUGUCAAAUAAAAUUUCCCACAAGGAAGUUAUUUCCGGAAUUUGCAAAUUCUUUUACCAUGCAGGAGUUCCUAUACAAGCAGCAGACUCCCUAUACUUUCAUAAGAUGCUGGAAUUGGUUGGCCAAUAUGGGCAGGGUAUGGUUGCACCUCCAAGCCAAAUAAUAACCGGUCGGUUUCUACAAGAGGAAAUUGCAACCAUUAGAAACUACCUGGCUGAGUAUAAGGCAUCAUGGGCAACCACUGGCUGUUCUAUUAUGGCCGACAGUUGGAGAGACACAGAGGGUAGAAUAUUGAUAAACUUGUUGGCUUCCGGUCCAAAUGGUGUGUACUUUGUUUCUUCAGUUGAUGCCACUGAAAUUGUUGAAGAUGCUUUGAAUUUGUUUAUGUUGCUGGACAAAGUGGUUGAAGAGAUGGGGGAGGAAAAUGUAGUUCAGGUAAUCACUCCAAAUACUCCUAGUUAUAAGGCUGCUGGAAAGAUGCUUGAGGAGAAGAGAAAGAAUUUAUUCUGGACCCCAUGCGCCACCAGUUGUAUCGAUCAAACGCUUGAAGAUUUUUUGAGGAUAAGAUGCGUAGCGGAGUGCAUGGAGAAGGGCCAAAAAGUUACAAAGCUCAUUUACAACCAAGUUUGGUUGUUAAAUUUUAUGAAGAGUGAUUUCACACAGGGGAAGGAACUUUUGAGAUCGUCUAUCACCCGGUUUGCUUCUAGCUUUGCUACCUUACAAAGCUUGCUGGACCACAAGACUGGUCUUAAAAGAAUGUUUCAAUCAAACAAAUGGAUUUCAUCUCAGUGCUCCAAAUCAUUUGAGGGAAAAGAAGUGGAAAAUAUUGUCUUAAAUGCUGCAUUUUGGAAGAAGUUACAGUUUGUUAGGAAUUCAGUGGACCCGAUAAUGCAAAUUCUUCAAAAGGUUGAGAAUGGUGACCACUUGUCAAUGUCAUCUAUAUAUAAUGACAUGUACAGGGCAAAGAUUGCAAUAAAAACCAUUCAUGUCCGUAAAUAUGAACCAUUUUGGAGCGUUAUAGAGAGUCAUUGGAACUCACUGUUCUACCACCCUGUAUACGUAGCUGCUUACUACUUAAAUCCAUCAUACAGAUAUCGACCUGAUUUUACGGCGCAUACUGAGGUGAUGCGUGGACUUAACGAAUGCAUUGUUCGGCUGGAGCCAGACCAUUCAAAUAGGAUUUCUGCAUCUAUGCAGAUUUCUGAUUACAAUUCUGCUAAAGCUGAUUUUGGAACUGAAUUGGCAAUCAGUACAAGAACAGAGCUUGAUCCAGCUGCAUGGUGGCAACAACAUGGGAUAAGUUGCUUAGAGCUGCAGCGUAUAGCUGUGCGUAUAUUGAGUCAGACAUGCUCUUCUUUUGGGUGUGAGCAUAACUGGAGUAUAUACGAUCAAUUGUACAAUCCGAGAAGUAAUCGUUUGGCCCAAAAAAGGUUAAACGACCUCAUCUACGUUCAUUACAAUUUGCGUCUUAGAGAACAAAAAUUACGAAGAAGGCCGGAAAAUUCAACCUCCCUUGACAAUGUGCUGUUAGAGCGGUUGCUAGAUGAUUGGAUUGUAGAUGCUGCGGAAAAUGACUUGCUAGACAAUGAGGAAGUCCUUUACAACGAAAUCGAACAGGUUGAUGAAUACGAAAAUGAUCUCGUUGAUUACGAAUGUGGAAUUGCAAACGGAGAGACUAGGAACGGAUCCAUUGAGCUGGUAACCUUGGCUGAUGCAGAUGUCAAUCCGGCCAAUGCUGGCGUUGCCACCGAUGAUGAUGACGAGGAGGAGGAGGGGGCGGAAGGUGAGAUGAACUUUUUCCAUGAUGACUUGAGUGAUUAGCAAGUUGUAGACCUUCAACUAACAAAGAUGCAAUGGUGGUGAGGAAGCUCUGCCUUAGUGGUGUAAUAUAUUCCAGCUUACUUGUUUUGCAAGUUACCUAUGGAAGUAAAACAGGGCGUCCUUACAUGUAAUAUUCUUCAACCUUUUUGCUCAAAUGUUACUAACUCAACCGCUUUUUGAAUCUCCAAAGCAUUUACAUUGUCUAA